AUGGUGCUUGCGAAGCCGGGUUUCAAAGACGGCCAGCAGAACAAGAACCCCCACCAGAAGCGCAUCGGCUGCUACAAAAGGGCUUCACCGAGGGGCCGCAAGCAAGCGGCCCCGCCCAAGCCCGGCGUCAACGUCGGGGAGCUGCACAAGCACUCUUAUCAGCCGCGCAUUUGUGUGCUGCGCACAAAGGGCCGCCAGCAAGCGGCCGACAAGUUCAUGGGCGAGCUGCAGGACCUCAACGGCCCGUGCGCACGCCCGCUCUUUCAGAGCUUUAACUGCCACCCGGCCCCCGCCGCCCCCGGGGAGCCGCAACAACGACAACGACCUCCACGGGCCCUGGACUACACGGAGGCGCCUACCAGCGCU